AUGGAUAAAGAGGAAUUUUAUGUUAAGUAUAAAGAGUACUAUGGGGAUGAUAUAUGCAACAUACCAAGUUUGUUAGAGGGUCAGGGAAUAGAACUGUAUGAUCUGUAUUUGAGUGUACAAAAUCAUGGAGGGUAUUCGUGUGUAAGUAGAAAUGCUAAGUGGUUAAAGAUAGCAAAAGAAUUUUCACUUAUAAAUAAAGAAAAAAAUAUAAAAUUAAUUGAAAUAAAAAAUAUUAAAGAAUAUUAUUUAAAUUAUUUAAGAGAGUUUGAACGAAUACAUGAGAAUAUUAAAAAAGGAAAAGUUGUAACAAAGAAACAUAGGACAUGUGCAACGACAAAUAGCUUGGGGGUAAAAGAUAAAAAAAAGGUAACUACAAGUAGAAGUAGUAUGAAAAAAGGGAAGCAAGAGGAGAAGAACAAUUUUAAUGUUAUACAUGUUACUUCUUUUUCGAAUAAUAGCAAAGUUUUAACAAAGGGAGUAGAUGGAUUAAUAAAUGAUACAUCCCUCGUAGACUCUGUCGGAGGUACAUAUAACGCCAAUUGUUGUGCUGCUCAAAAUUCCAACAAGUUUAGUAGUAACACUUCUACUACUACUGCUGCUGCUGCUACUACAAGCAAUAACAGAAUUAGAUAUGUGAAGGAAAAUAAGCGGAGUAGCAAAAGUGAUUACGUAAAUGGCAGUUUAUUAACCAGAGAAAGUAGCGGCAAUCAUCGCAUUAAAAGCGUUAGGAAUGAUCGUACCAACAAUGAAAGUAAUUCAAUGAACAAAGGUAAGUCUAGCAAUAAGAGGGGGAACAAUGCUAAGAAAAGCAGUAAGAGAGUGAGCAACAAUUGCAAUGUUAGCAAAAGUAAUUAUGUUAUUAGUCGUACCAACAAUGGGCAUACAGGAAAUGGACAUACGAGCGCUAUCAAUAAUUCUAUUAACAUUAUAAAUGACGUGGCCAACCACUCUGGCUCUUUGUAUGAUAGUAAUAGCAAUUACGCUAGUUAUACUCCUUACCCAUCUUACCCGUCUUACGUUAACACGUUUGCAAAUAACAGUUACGUAAGCAAUAACUACGCGUAUAGUACAAAGUGCACGAAUUGGACGAACUGCACUAAUUGGAAGAAUUGCACGAAUUACGUAUAUCCAGACAGCGCUUCUAGCAACAUCAUCACAGGUAGUACUCCUCUAAACAACCCCUUUUUUAAUUAUUCUAGUAUCAAUUUGUAUGGUAGUAAUUUCUCUACUUCUAAUAUGGGGGGUAUUGUUUACUCGAGUACUAAUUACUUGGGUGGUAACUAUCAUAUGAAUAACUUUAUGGGUGGAAAUUACUAUAAUAGCUCCCUAUUAAAUAAUAGUAAUAACAGAGGAAUUUAUGAUAACAGUGGUAGUAGCAUUGGUGGUAAUAAUAAUAAUUGCUACAUUGGUAGUAAUAGUAGUAGUUCUCCUAACUUGUACAACAGUUACGUUAAUGCAAACUACUUUUAUGGUAAUGAUGUGCAUGGGGCGCAGACUAGUAGCAACAGAUGGGGCCGUCUCUUGAGUAAUAGUAACAGUUCUACUUGUAACAUUAGUAGCGGCAUUAGUAGCGGCAUUAGUAGUGGUAUUAGUAGUGGUAUUAGUAGUGGUAUUAAUAGUGGUAUUAAUAAUGGUAUUAAUAGUGGUAUUAAUAGUGGUAUUAAUAGUGGUAUUAAUAGUAGUAUUAAUAGUAGCAUUAAUACUGGUUUUAAUAGUAGCAUUAAUACUGGUUUUAAUACUGUAUACGGCCUGAAGGCACCGAGAAGGAGUAAUGCACCCAUGAAUGGUGAGAACAAAAUCGAAGCUAAGAAAUGCGUAGACAUCUAUAGGUUAUUAUUAGGUUUGUAUAACAGAAAAGAAAAAAUAGCUGAUUUUAUCUUCUGCCUCAAUUUACUUUAUAAUAUAUCAAGAAUGACAGAUGUAGUAUCUGUAAAACAAAUUAAUAUUAUUAUAUGUAUCCUUUUAAAUAUGCUAGAUGAUAUUAUAAAAUUAUUUUAUGAUACCUUUAAUACAAAGAAGAGGUCCAUAAAUAUUAUGAUGGACUGCUUCUCAAACUGUUUAAUAAAUAAUGAAAGAAGCAAAAGAAGUGAUAGAAGCAAAACUAAUGAAAUUAAUAAAACUACUGAAAUUAAUAAAACUACUGAAAUUAAUAAAACUACUGAAAUUAAUAAAACUAAUGAAAAUAAUAAGACUAAUAACACUUAUAAGCAUCAUUAUUAUUAUGAAUACAAUGAGGGGGAUACAGGAAUUAUUCACCCGAAAUGUGAGAAAGGAAAUAAGGAUGUUAUACAUGUUGGGCUUAUGAACACUGAGGAAGGGGGCAUAUACCCACUUCAAAAAAAUCAAGAAGAUUACAGUGCUUACAACUUAGGAUGUCAAGACAAGAAUGCAACGGACAUUGAUUGUAAAAGUAACGUAAGCGGAUAUAAGAAAGAUAAUAUAAUGAGAAUAUUUUUAAAUAAAGGAGUAAAAGUAAAUUUAAAGGAUAUCAUGCGCUUGUACUUAUCAUAUAGUACAUAUUGUAGGAGAAAAAAAAAAAAAAUUAACAGAAUGAAAUAUUUAAGUACACAAAAUGAAGGGGAGGGUAUAAAGAGGAAAGAAGGACGAGAUGUUAAAAAAAGAAUUGAUGAGUGUAAAAGGAAUGUAGUUAAUUCUUCAAAUUCGGAUUAUUCGAACAGUGGAAAGAGAGCACACAGUAUGAACAGUGUUAGCAGUGUAAACAGCAUAAAUAGCGUAAACAGUGUAAACAGCAUAAACAGCAUAAACAGCAUAAACAGCGCUGAUAUAGAGAACCUGGCGGAGGGGAGAAGGAAGGGAAAAGGGAAAAAAUAUUGGUUUAAUUUUUGUGGAACAAAAAAAGAAAUAAAUGAAUUUUUAACAGAAAAAAGUUGUAUUGAUUUCAUUUUUCUCAUUUUAUAUAUCAUUAAUAAUUUAUUUUUAAAUGAUAAAUAUAGUUUAUAUUUUUCUAAUAUUAAAAUAUAUUACAAGAGAAAGAACGAGAAAAAAGGGCAAAGUUGCAAAAACUUGGAUAUAUCGAACCCAAAGAGCAGUAGUAAGAUCUUUUUUAAAAAAAAUAAAGAUGGUCCCAUAAACGAUGUAAUUAAUUUUUCGUGUAAUAAUUUGGAGGGAAAGGGAAAAAGGUACUACGGGGAUGGGGAUAGAGAUGAAAAUAUGAAUGUCAAUAGAGAUGACAAUGACUGGAAUGGAGGUGUUGAUAAAAGCUCUUCUAGAGGAGCAGAAGAAGAAGACGAAGUGUUAAUGGAUGACCUUUCCAUUAAUAGUGCGGAAAAUUCCUUCUCAUCUUCGUCGUCAUCAUCAAUUGACAGCAUGUACAGUUACAAAAGUGUAAAAUCAGACGAACUGCAGAUAAAGAGAGAUGUAACCAGAUUAAAUGCAAAACUGUUGAAUGAUAAAAAAAAAAAAAAAGAGCAAGAAAAAGGGGCAUUAAAAGGAGAAGAUGAAGAAGGAAACGAAGCAGGUGAAGAAGGAAACGAAGCAGGUGAAGAAGGAAACAAAGCAGGUGAAGAAGGAAACGAAGCAGGUGAAGAAGGAAACAAAGCAGGUGAAGAAGGAAAAGAAGAUAAAGAAGGAAAGGAAGAUGAAGAAGGAAACAAAGCAGGUGAAGAAGGAAAAGAAGAUAAAGAAGGAAAGGAAGAUGAAGAAGGGAAACAAAAUGGAGAGUUAAACAAGACCAAUUGCAAUGAAAAAAUGAAAAAUAAGUAUAUUUCCCCCAAUUCGAGCUUCAUUAAUACUAAUGCUAAUGAAGAAGAGAACUGUUUUUCUAAAAGUGACAGCAUUAUAUCAAAUAGAAGUAAUAAUACAAAUUUGAGUUUUCAUAAUAAUGAAUUGAAUUCCACCACUGAUAGUAAUAUUCUUCCUCGUGUUAGUUGUCUCAUGCAUAAAAAUUUGCAUUUGUGCAAGUUAAGUGAUUGUUCAUGUCGAUUAAAAAAUAGCAAUAACAACAUGAACACUGUCAUAAGCGAUGAAGUAGUAAAUGGAAUGGAUGCCAUGUGUAGCCGUAUGAGUAGCGGACCAUAUAACAGCACAAAGAAAACUGUUAAUAACGACAUUAAUAACUCCUUUAAUAAUAAUGGUUAUUCGAAUUAUUUCCAUAAUUUGUAUAAUUUUCCUAAUUCCCCUAAUUGUCCUACUGCUUUUAGCAGCAACUGCUUUGUUAAUAAUUUGGGGGGGACACCCAUUAGCUGCACAAAUUUAAAGAAUAAUCUGAACAGUCAUAAUAUAGAUGUUAUUUAUAAUAAUAAUAAUAAUAAUAAUAAUAAUAAUAAUAAUAAUAAUAAUAAGGAAAAUAUUUGUGAUCCUUACAACACUAACAUCAUUUUUAGUGACUACAAUAUGUGCACAGAUGAAAAGGAAAUUGCUGAUGGGAUGUCAAGGGACCUAACCACAGAAAAUGAAAAAAUAAAAAAAUAUAAAAAAAUAAUAAAAAUAAUAGCAGAUGAUGGAACAUAUAUGGAUAAAGAGCAUGCAAAUAAUAGCAGCAACGAGGAUAAAAUAGAAGAAAACGAUGAGGGUAAGUCUCAAUUUGUGAAGGUGAAAUGUGAGGGAGCAAGUCAGGAGAUAGGUAGUGACAACAAAAAUAGCUCAAGUAGUGGCAAUAAUCAUCAUGAUGGCGGUAGAAGUGGAAGUAGUAAUAAUGUUAGCAGUGGAAAUGGAAGUUGUAAUAAUGUUAGCAGUGGAAAUGGAAGUUGUAAUAAUGUUAGCGGUGGAAAUGGAAGUUGUAAUAAUGUUAGCGGUGGAAAUGGAAGUUGUAAUAAUGUUAGCGGUGGAAAUGGAAGUUGUAAUAAUGUUAGCAGUGGAAAUGGAAGUUGUAAUAAUGUUAGCAGUGGAAAUGGAAGUUGUAAUAAUGUUAGCGGUGGAAAUGGAAGUUGUAAUAAUGUUAGCGGUGGAAAUGGAAGUUGUAAUAAUGUUAGCGGUGGAAAUGGAAGUUGUAAUAAUGUUAGCAGUGGAAAUGGAAGUUGUAAUAAUGUUAGCGGUGGAAAUGGAAGUUGUAAUAAUGUUAGCAGUGGAAAUGGAAGUUGUAAUAAUGACGACAUGCCCGAACGAGAAGAGGGAAAGAGGGAAAGAGAAAUUGUGAAUGAUACGCACAGUUAUUAUGAUAAAAAAAUUGAAGAAAAAAGUAAUGGUGGAGAAGAAUCGAACCAAAAGUGUAUCAACUCAAAUAGUGAAUAUGAGAAAAUUAAAGAAGUUAAAUUUGAAAAUGACGGAAAGAAUGAUACAACAAGUGGCAGUAGCAGUGGUAGUAGAAAUAGUAGUAGAAGUAAACAUGGAAGUAGGUUGUGUAAUGAUGACGCUACUGUAAAAGAAUAUACCAGUGGUAACUGUGAGUACAAAAACAAUUUUACAUGUACAAGAAAUGAUUAUGAAAAUUGUAUGAAUGAUACCAAGUAUUUCAGCAGGGAUUCUUCUCCCUUAUAUGAUAGAAGUAGUACAAGUAAAAUAAUUUCUUCUGAUUUAAAUAAUAGUUACAGAAUAGAUCAAAAUAAUAUGGACAGUAAUGUAAAUUAUGACUAUACAUAUUUAAAUAAUGAUAAGGUUUUGUAUAACAACUGGGGUGAUAAGGAUAUGAAUUCAUCCAUCAUUCCGUUUAACAUGAAUAAGGAUGAUUUAACGAACUAUUACUAUUAUAAUUAUUAUUACUAUUAUAAUCAGUAUUAUAACAAUUAUAAUUAUAUGGAAAAAAUGAAUGGAUAUGGAAAUAAUUCCUUUUUGAUGAACAACAUGCUUGAUAUAGGAAAUAAUAGCAUCUCAUACUAUAAUAACAAUAGUUAUACUAACAAGAAUUUAAAUAAAGGCUACUGUGCUGAUAGCUCCUUAGGUAUGUGCUCCAUAAAUGGCAGUUAUAAUAAAGAUGAUGAUCACUCCUCUAUGUUAAAGAAUUAUGAAAAUUAUUUAUAUAAUGUACCCCUUGAUGAAUGUGUACAUAACAUGUCAAAUGUUGGUGAUAACAGUAAUAACGCUAGUAAUAGUAGAGGAAGGAAUAGCGAUAAUAGUAGACACAGUAUUAGCGGCAAUAAUAAUGGAAAUAAUGAUUAUAAUAACUAUGACUGUAAUAAUACACCCAUUAGUAACAGCAACCAUAUGGAUGGAAAGGCGAAUGUUAAAAAGGAAGUAAGGAGUAAUUGUAGACAAAGUAUAUACGAUAGGAAUUGUAAAAAUAAUGAGCAUGAUGAGAGCUCUAGUAUAAGCAAUGUUGAUAAGAAAUUUUAUAACAAGAUAAACAGGAAUGAUAAUUAUUAUAACAGCGUGGAAAAUUUUUCGAAAAAUUUAAAUUCAUCAAAUGGACAUAAUAACAAGGAAGAGGUUAGGAGAAUAUACAGAAACAUAAAAAACAAAAUGUAUGAAGAUAUGAAAAAAAUAUUUGAUCAGAAAAAAAUAAAGGCAAAUAAAUACAAAUUAAUGCAUUAUUUGGAUUUAAGCAAAUUUAUUAGUCUGUUUGAAACGAUUUUUCUUAAAAAUUUGGAAAAUAUUAUAUAUCAUGAAAAGGUUGUUGAGAAUAUUUACAUGAACAUGUUUAUUUGUAUUGAUAUAUUAAACCAUGAAUUUGGAAAAAAUAUAUCAUUAAAAUAUGUCUUCUUUCCAAUACAUUUUUUGGAAUAUAAUAAAAAUAGAUUUAAAACUGUUGUUCAUUUUGAUAAUAACAACAAAUUACUAGUAAAGACAAAACUUCUGAGUGUUAAAGAGAAAAUAAGAAAAAAAAAAAAACUUAAAAAAUAUGAGCAGUAUGGAAAAAAAGAAAAACCUUCACAAGUCAGGAAAUUUAACAGUUUUGAUAUGUAUGAAAAUGGGAAAAAAAAAUCGCCAGGAAGAUUAAAUAGCGAUAACAGAAAUGGUGUUAGUUGUAUCCCGCUUAUCAAUUCAUCGUAUAUGGAAAAGAAUGCACAUGAAGAAUUGGAAAAAAUAAAGAAAGAGGGGGGAGAAUUGGAAAAAUACAUGAACGAGUUAGGAGAUAAUGUACAAAGAGGAAGUGAGAAAUAUAACUUGCAGGGAGAAAAAGGAAGUGAGUUGUGUGAAAGCGUAAAUAACAAUCAGAGAAAUAGCACAUUUGAUGCAAACGAAAACAACAGCGGAAACAACAACAGGGGUGACCAAAAGAAAGAGAGUAAUAAAAGGAUUUACAAAAACAGUGGUAAUGACGGGAGUACCAAAUGUCCUGAACGUUCAGAAAAAAAAAACUCGAAUGAAAGAAAUGUACGUACAAAAAAUGAAGUUAACGGGACUAAAUAUAGAAAAAAGAUGAAAAUUUUAUUUUUAAAAAUAUUUCGAACGAGCAAUAAGAAAUAUAAUAUAUAUAAAAAGAUUGAUUAUGAAUAUUUGAAAGAAAAUUAUAAUUAUUAUGAGACUUUUUAUUGUAAGGAAAAAGAAAAGCAAAAAAAAUUUAUUAUACUGGAUUUACAUGAAAUAACAAAAAAAAUUUUAUUAAAAGUAUACAAACGUGUCAGUAGCUACUUAAAUAUAGCAAUUCUAUCGUUAAAUAUAUUAACUCGUAUAUUAUAUUUAAUACCUAAAAAAAUGAUUCUUGUAUCUUUUAUUCCAUGGGUAUUAAAUGAAAUAACAAAAGUUAAAUGUGUAUAUACCUAUUUAAAUGUUCCUUUAUGUAUUUUAAAUUAUAAUGGAUUUCUUUUUUUAGAAACAUUAAUGAAAUUUAUUACACAAAUGAUUCAAAAUAAUGUUAUACCUAUGCAAUCUUAUAUGUUAUCCUUUUUACGUUUAUGUUCUUUUCCAUUAUAUAUAUAUUUAUACUACGAUAUACCUCUUUCUCAUACUCUUAUUAUAACUUCUCUGUCUGCUGUAUAUGAAUUAGUUACUUAUGAUGCUAACUACUUAGCAACAGGAAUUGCUAAGACAACUGCUAGGGAACUAUAUUCGUCACUACAUUAUAAUAAAAGUAAAAGAGGUCAUCUUUCAAAUAAUGAGAAAAAAAAUAAUACUAUGAUAAAUAUUUUUAAAAAACAAAAAUGCAAUAACCUUACUAGUUCAGAAAAUUCUAUAACGGAAUCAGGUGGUAUAUCCAAAUUGUGUAACAAUAACAUGUUGAUAGAUAACGAGAAUGCAAAUAUAAAGGAUAAUGAAUAUGAAAAAAACAAUUUUGAGAAUAAAUGUGAUAAGGAAGAAUCAGAAAGGAAAACUACGGAAGUGUUAACAGAAGAGAGAAAAAAGUUGUUAGAUAACAUAUUUAUAAAAACUCUUUUACUUUUUUUGAAAAAAUCUAUGUAUUUUAAAAGUAUAUUUAACUGUGCUAAUAUAAAUGAGAAAGAAGAACUAAUGGUAGAUAGUAAAAGAGUGCAACUCAUUUUAAAAAAUUGGAAUAUGAAUAAUGAAGAAGUAAAAAAUGAAAAGGAGGAAUUACAUUUUUCAAAUAUAGAAAAUAAGGUUUUUUACUUACAUGAUAAUUUACUUCUAUAUGCAGUAGACAACUUAACAAUUUCUAAUAAUGCUAAAGACAUUAAAAUGUGUGAAAAUAUAAGAAACCAAUAUAUUAAUCAGUAUACUACAACAGAUACUUUUCCCUAUAACUUUAUGAUGCCAGAAAAUUCGGAAAUACAAAAGUUGAGCAUUUAUGCCCAUUCCAUAGUACCUAUCCUUUUAUUUUUAUCUUCUCACCACCUCCUGUGGCAGUGUCUGGCACCGCACAUCCCUAUGCUUACCCAUAUGGUAUUCAUUCAGACGGAUAUCCGCUCAUCCUUAUCGGUAGUAUUGAAAGAAUAUUAUUUCCGGAAUUAUAUGAAAGAGAAAAAAGGGGGGAAGAAAUGCCAUAAAUAUGUUGAUGCCAAAUUAGUGAAAGUUGAAAAAGUUAAGUGA